GUCACGUGUUUCUUGAUUCCUUUUCAACACCUUGUUCAUAAACUUAUCUACUCUGCUUACACACUUAUUCCUGAACGCAAGUCUGUCAAAAUGACUUUUGUCAUGUUGGAACUAUGAAUUCUCGUCUAAGUUUGGUUCUAAAUUAAAGAUGUUUUAGCCAUAUUUAAGAGUGAUUAAAAUGAUUUUUCUAUAGAAAAAGGACUCAUGUGGCUUUGCCAGAUAGAAAGUAGUGAUUGAAGUGAAAUUUGGAUGAUUCAAUUCUGUGGACUUGAUGUUCUAACAUAAAAUGUCUCGUAAUAGAUGCGACGGAUUAUUAGCCCGAGUAGAUUUUCCUCUCUACACCCUUCAAACACUUACAAAUCGACAUGUUAUUGUGGCGGGCGGUGGAGGAGCUUCAAAUACGGGAGUGCAUAAUGGAUUUGAAAUAUUUGAGCUCUCUCACAAUGGAACUAGAUUUGUGGCCGAAGAGGUGAUGCGGCAUGAGACUGGCCCGAAUGUGGUGAUGACCUGUUCUGUGCGUAACCUGCAGAACCGGACUUACUUGACAGCGGGCCAAGAGAGUCACUGCCAGUUGUACAAGAUAAAUAUGAAAAUGGUAGAUGCAGCAGAGAUGAGGAGAGGUAGUUUUCGAGCUGAAAAUGGACUUGUAAGGAGAAGGAGACGUACAGUGUCUGAAAACGACAAUAUCUCUAAGACAGACCGCAAUAGCAAUACUACGGAGAAAAGAAUAUCAUUUGAGAUUAGGCCUUGUGAUAGUGUUCAGACAGAUUUCAGUGAUGAUCCCUUGUUGCGUGUGGUAAGAGUUAGCCACAACGGCAAGUUGAUGGCAACCGGAGGAUUUGAUACUAAAGUUAGGGUUUGGUCGUUCCCCAAGAUGGAGUUACUAUAUGUGCUAGAAGGUCACUCCAAAGAGCUUGAUGACCUAGACUUCAGUCCCUGUGACAAGCAGCUGGUGAGCAUUGGCAAAGAUGGUCAGGCACUAGUGUGGUCUACUUCUGGGACCCCACGAGAACCAUUACUCAAGAUCACUUGCCAGCCACCCAAUGGUAGCAAAUAUCUCUUUCGGAGGUGCAGGUUCGGCAUGGUGGAAGACCAGCCGGGAGCCCAUCGAAUGUUCAGUAUCGCGAACCCGUUACUACGGGGCGGGUCCCGGCAGCGCGGGCUCCUGCAGUCGUGGGGUGCCGAGGGAGGGCUGCAGCGCUCCGCCAGCGUUACGGAGGCGCUGUCGGCGCUAGCGGUCCGGGACGACGGCCGCUACGUGGGCGUGGGCACCAUGUUCAGUGGCUCCAUCUAUGUAUACGUGGCGUUCAGUCUGCAGCGAGUGCUCCACGUGAAGAACGCUCACAUGAUGUUUGUAACGGGCGUGGAGUUCCUCCCCGUCCGAGGGGGCGGUCCCGGCCUCACUGCGCGGUCAGACGCCGCGCUGCUGUCCAUAUCCGUCGACAACUGCCUCUGCGUGCACAGCCUGCCCCCGCGCGGUACCGUACCUGCCUGGGUUGCCAUUAUUCUAAUAGUUUUCGUACUAUUCUGUACCUUCACAUUAUUAUCGUAUUUAGGCAUUUAACAGCUUGUAAAUAUCAUAAUAAUAUAGUUUUAUUGUUGUUAUAUAUUAAAAUUAAAUUGAUAUAUAAAUUAUUAUGUAACGGCUAUGGAGAUGGUUGGUCUUGAGACAUCAUUGUUUAUUCUAUGUUACUUGUGUAACAAUUACACGUAAAACUGUUCAGGUAUUAUAAACGAAACAUGGAUAAAAUAAUAAUAGUGCCUUAUCUUGUUCACAGAAAGGUUUAUAUUUCAAUUCAAAUAUAACCAAUGUAUAUAAUGAAAACACUUUUAUUAUAACUAUCGUAUUAAAACAAUAGGCACAACAUAAAUUCAAUAAACAGGAAUUAACAUAGUUUGUGUGUAUAAAAGUAUAUAAAAAAUGUAUAUAGCUAUAUAAAUAUUUAAUUCAUAAUUUCCUUUCGAUAUUGAAUUUACAUGGUGUCACAUAAUUCUUUUGUCUUAUUAUAUCAAUAUGGAGACAAAAUAUUUAAUUAUUUUAAAAUGCUACUGUUUAACAUAUUCUACUGCAAUGCUUUCUCUAGGUGUAUGAUGACUUCGACAUUAUACCAUUUUAGGCACAAUCACUUUGCAUUCGAAUUAAUUCACAGUCUAUUUUGUAUCAAAUACAAAACGUAUGUAAAAUAAGAAACUGAAUAAUAUGGCUGUUUUAUUAUAUAUUUAAGUUUUUUAUUGUGUAACGUAUAGAACCUAUUUCUAUCUUGUAUAGUUAUCUGUACUGUUUAGAGGUUUAAUGCAUUUUUUUCGGCAUUUGUAGAUCAGAGGCGUAGGUCUACUGUAGGUAUGAAUAAUUCCUUUUGCUGUGCAAUCAUAUAUAAAUAAUUAUCUGUGCCUCAUAGCCAAGUGUUUAUAUGUGAACUUAAAUAUCUAGCUACAUAACCGUCCAUAGCCUUCAAAGAUUUUGAAGUAAUUUUAAAAGUCACCGUAAAUAUAUCUAGUGAAGUUAUAAAUUAUUUUGAAUCCUAGUACAUUUACUUAUAAAGUUCAAUGUUAAAGCGGUACAGUAAUGAUCUGCAUGCUUGUUUCAUGUUGUUGGAAGUGAUCAUGUUGCCGAUGUACGGAAAACAGCAGGCCAGGUUACUACAAAAUUGUGCAAUCCAUUUUGAACUUUGUGUCUAAGAUUGGUAAAAUCAAUUGGAGAAUGAUGGGCUCUUUGACAGUAUGAAAAAUAAAGUACCAAUAAUUGGCAUCUGUAUUUAAUAUGAUUAUUUUGUUUACUAUAUUGAGAGAACAAAUAAUUAACAAUUUUUCAAAAAAACCACCGAGUGGGGAAGCCGGUUGCAAUUAAAACGUUUGCGAUUCGAUGUCGGCACUUCAAAUGGUUAAUUUUAUUAGCUAUUCGUCAUUUUGACUGAGGUUUUUCUAAUCAUACUAUCAUCAUCAUCAGCCUUUUAAUAUCCCCACUGCUGGGGCACAGGCCUUCCCCAUGGAUGGAAUAAGGAGAUUGAUUCAUACUAUAAAGAGAGUAAAAGUAGAGGCUGUUGUCAUGUUUACAAAUAGCAAAUACGAAUAGCCAUGUGAAGUGCCGGCAUGAACUGAAAUAGUGAACUGAACUGUUUCAUUCGUUUCGCUUCGCUGCCAAUGUGGUCUGCGCUCAAUACGUGUCAAUGAAGUAAAUUUAUUUCCUAGCUUCCUAAGAUAUCGUCUAUAGUAAAAUAUAUAUGCUAAGCUAUUGUAAACGAAAUCAUGUAAGUAGAUAGGUAUUUAUUCGAAUUUUUAAUCGAUGACCGCGAUCUGAGAUAAUACCUUUAAUCAAAGUACUGGUUUUAUUUGUCACAUAGCGCCGAGUCACACUCCAACUAUAAAAUAUAGUAUCUAAAGUUAGAACUGAAACCAGGGGCUGCACUCUAAAAAUCUACUCAAUUUGUAGUGAAUUUCGACGAUUUUGUCGUGUCGUGUAAACUAUGUAAGUUAUGCCAAGAUUUCACUUGGCUAUUCGUAUUUGUUAUUUGUUGACUUGACAUCCGUCUGUCCUUUUCAUAACUUAUAAAGCAUGAUAAAGACAGACUGUUGCGUCAAGUUUAGAAAUAGCAAAUACGUCGGCCAAGUGAAGUGUUGGCAUUAGAAACGAUGGACAAUGACAGCCUCGAUAUAUCGAAAGUCGACAGAGCAGGCGCGGAUUGAUGAUAAAGUAUUUUAAUGAAAAUGUUAUGAAUUACGCUGACAUAUUACUGAAUGAGGUUCAGGAAAAUGUAUGCUUCUAGUUGGCAUUACCAUGGCAUAAAUGGGAUUUAUGGCGCGAAUUUAUUGAGGGAUGCUUAACAAAUAUGUAGACUGCUGCCAUCUAGCGUCCAUCGUUUCAGAAAUCCUUCAUUUCUCAUGCGCUGCUACUUAUGAUAACCCUAAUGGGAUUUUGUUUCGGGAUUGCAACUGAACUGCAAAAUACCACUGUAAAUACAAAUGAGUUUUAAGCUCUGGUAGCUUUGUAUUGUAUAAUAUAAUUAUACUGUCAAGAAGACUGGAUAAAUAACUACUCGACUCACAAAUACGAUUUAGUGGAGCGCUUUCUUCAUUACAAAAUGCAAUGAUGGACAUCUGUGUCACGCGAGAAAUCGAGAUGCCAUUGGCUAGAGUAAAGACAGCAAUACAAUCCGGCCAAUAGCAGGAAAGCUUUCAUUAGUGCUAGCUUUUUCCAAUAUAAUCCAAAUAGUUUGUUGUUUGAGUCUAUUUGAGUAUUGUAAUGAGUAUGAUUGCCUAAACUAAUUGAUAGAACUGGCUAAAAUAAGCUGCUCUCAACAUAGUAAUUUUGGAAUUGGUGCGCAGUUUAGAAGGCCAGCUAUUAGACCCUUACUCAAUUAACCUUAAGGUCUUUUUUUCUAUGACUGGAACUUUAACAGUCGAAUUUAUCUCUUGAAAGUCACAUGUUUUACAUAUAAUGGCACUAUUGCAUGCUAUCCGUUUGUCUCGAGCUGAGCCAUCCGAGUGGCAGUAACCCGGCGGUUACGAUAGGGUAGAAUUUAAUAAGAAUAUGUAUAGGUUAUUGAUUAUAUCAUGGUGAACAUUAUGCUCAUACUUAUGUGUAAUAGGAUCAAUUGAUUAAAAUGAAUUGAGAAGUUG